AAUCGCCCCAAUACAAUUAAAUUGACAUUUGUAAUUUUUGUCAUCACUAGUUCUCUUUUGUCCCGCAACGCGCACGUAGCCGUGCGAUUUGUGUUUUGUCUUGUCCUUAAAUUUCUGAAGUCCCUACACACUUUAAGAUGGGUAGGGAGGACAAGGCUACUUGGAAAACCAAUUACUUCACCAAGAUCAUCCAAUUGUUAGAUGAGUACCCAAAAUGUUUCAUCGUGGGUGCUGACAAUGUAGGGUCACAGCAGAUGCAGCAGAUCCGUAUCUCGCUCCGUGGCAGCAGUAUCGUGCUGAUGGGCAAGAACACCAUGAUGCGUAAAGCAAUCAAAGAUCACUUAGAGACCAACCCAGCUCUCGAGAAGUUGCUUCCGCACAUCAAGGGCAAUGUCGGCUUCGUCUUCACCCGUGGAGACCUUGUCGAGGUUCGUGACAAGCUGCUGGAGAACAAAGUCCGUGCUCCAGCUAGGCCCGGUGCCAUUGCUCCAUUGGCUGUUGUCAUCCCAGCCCACAACACUGGUUUGGGUCCUGAGAAGACUGCUUUCUUCCAGGCUCUGUCCAUCCCAACCAAGAUUUCUAAGGGUACCAUUGAAAUUAUCAACGAUGUCCACAUUCUGAAGCCUGGAGACAAGGUUGGAGCUUCCGAAGCCACCCUUCUCAACAUGUUGAACAUUUCUCCCUUCUCAUACGGUCUUGUUGUCAAACAAGUCUAUGACUCUGGUACCAUCUUUGCUCCUGCUAUCCUUGACAUCAAACCAGAGGACCUCCGUGCCAAGUUCCAGGAGGGAGUGGCAAAUGUGGCCGCCCUCUCAUUGGCUAUUGGCUAUCCAACUGUGGCCUCUGCACCACACUCUAUCGCCAAUGGAUUCAAGAACUUGCUGGCUAUCGCAGCCGUCACCGAAGUUGAAUUCAAGGAAGCCACUACCAUUAAGGAGUUCAUUAAGGAUCCAAGCAAGUUUGUCGCAACUGUGGCCGCACCUGCCGCUGCUGCCGCUCCGGCCGCCGCCAAGAAGGAGGAGGAGAAGAAGCCCGAGAAGGAAGACUCUGAGAGUGACGAUGACAUGGGCUUCGGACUCUUCGAUUAAAUUCAAAUGGAACCUAGCUGUGACUUUUGAUCUAUUCAGACUGACGUUUCAUGCAUAAUGUUAACAAUGGAUAGAUUAGAAGACUACAGUUAGUCUUCAAAUGUGGAUGUUUGUAAUUGCUGUAAACUCUUCACGCCGCCGGGUUGGACACCCAUAUGGCGGCUAAUUGUAUCAGCGUUAUGAAUAAACACACUGGAAAAAAAA